AACACCAUAUUUACAACUCUUUUUCCCAGUUCAUUUGUUGCGAGUCACACGUGUUUUCAUUGCAUUGCAAUUGAAAUAUUCUUUUCAUAAAAAACAAAUAAAAUCACAUAAAAAUGGAAGUGGAUAAGAGUGCAAACAUUGAUACCGAUGCCUUUUUACCGCCAAGUGGUCGCCAACAGGUGAAAGCUGGAAAAAAACGAACGAUCAGUACAUCAGCCGGAGCCGAGGAACAAAUGCAAGUGGAUGAAACGACUGGCAUUGAGGGUGCACGCAAAUCACAGGUUCCGAAGGCCAAACGAAAGAAGCAUACAUCUGUGGAAAUUCGCAAGAUUCCAGUGCCGUCACACAGGUAUACACCUUUGAAGGACAGCUGGUUGAAAAUUUUCGAGCCAUUGGUUGAGAAUUUGAAGUUGCAGGUGCGUUUCAAUAUGAAAGCACGCCAAGUCGAAAUUCGAUUGAGUCCAGAAACACCAGACGUAUCAAAUCUACAGAAAGGUUCUGAUUUCGUCAAAGCGUUUAUCUACGGUUUUGAUAUUGACGAUGCAAUGGCAUUGCUGCGAUUGGAAGAUCUAUUCAUCGAAACAUUCGAAAUAAAAGAUGUAAAAACAUUGCGCGGUGAUCAUGAAAAUCGUGCCGUUGGUCGAUUGGCUGGUAAGGGUGGACGCACGAAAUUCACCAUUGAAAAUACCACUAAAACACGUAUCGUUAUCGCUGACACACGCAUUCAUAUAUUAGGAAGCUAUCAAAAUAUUCAGUUGGCACGACGUGCAUUGUGUAAUCUUAUUCUUGGAUCACCACCCAGCAAAGUCUACGGCAAUUUACGAUCCGUUGCCAGUCGCAUUUCAGAGCGAAUUUAAGAGAUUUUUUUCGCUAGGUCUAUGAAAUUCAAACUAAUCAUAAGUAUAUUUGCAUUGUUAUACAUUAUCUAAUAAACAAUAAAACAUACAUCUAGGGAUGUAACUCAAGAGACACAAAAUUA